UCAAGUCGUUUGUAUAAAUUCUCUCAAGUCCAACACUACGGCGAGCCUCGGUGGCGGCGCCGCCGAGAGUUGGACCUUUCAGAGCCACCUUCUCACUGUCGCCACAGGGUAUUUAAACUGCGCUGGUUGUCUGUUUGCUGUAAACCAGGCCAUGGCGAGGAAGAGAGACGCCGAGGCCGAGCUGAACCUGCCGCCCGGCUUUCGGUUCCACCCCACCGACGAGGAGCUCGUCGUCCACUACCUCUGCCCCAAGGCCGCCGGUCAACGCCUCCAGGUACCCAUCAUCGCCGAGAUCGACCUCUACAAGUUUGACCCCUGGGACCUUCCAGAGAUGGCGUUGUUCGGGAGCAAGGAGUGGUACUUUUUCACGCCUAGAGACCGCAAGUACCCCAACGGCUGUCGGCCAAACAGAGCCACCGGAAGUGGGCACUGGAAAGCCACAGGCGCCGAUAAACCGAUCACCCCGCGGGGCAGUGCCCAGCCGCUGGGGAUCAAGAAAGCGCUCGUGUUCUACCAUGGAAAGGCGCCGAGGGAAGUCAAGACGGAUUGGAUCAUGCACGAGUACCGCCUCGCUAACACUGAUAGAUCGUCCAACAAGGGCAGCCUAAGAUUGGAUGAUUGGGUCUUAUGCCAUUUGUACCACAAGAAGAACGUCUGGGAGAAGUUGCAGCAUGAAAAAGAGGCAGCAUCAGCUACGAAAACUACGAAUUUUUCAGGGAUUCAAACAAUUUCCGAGAAGCUUCAGCAGAUUGAUUGCUACAUGAACUUGAAUCAAGAUGGUUUUCGGGGUGCUUUAGCAGCAGAUGGACUUGCUUCAAUUUUCAAUGUAUCAAAUACAGAUCGCAGCUACUUCAGACAGAGCCAACCCUGCUUACCGCCAUACUAGAAUUAAACGAUGAACUAAAGAGGAAUUCAGUAAUAUGAGAUGAUUAAUUUUAAGAAACUGAUCAGUUUGGCCACUGAACUACUUUCUUAUUUUCUGCUAAAAUAAGCAUGCGUUUUGCAGUUUAUUAUUAUCUGCAAAUAUCUGAGUUAUGUAAUGGACACAUUGUUGGCCAACAACAAUUGUAGCAUGCUUGUAACCAAAGCAAUCAGCAAAUGCAAUCGAUAGGCAUCAAAGUGCCAGUCUAAAUCAUUGGAACA